AUGGCGAGGAAAGGGUCGAGUAGAGUAUCAUCUCUUUUGAUAUCAAUAGUUGCUACUUUCGCUUCCUUCUAUGUCGCAGGCCGUUUAUGGCAAGAAUCACAAACUAGGGUUCAUCUUAUCAAGGAGCUCGACAGGGUUACCGGACAUGGUAAAUCUGCUAUAUCAGUGGAUGAUACUUUAAAGAUCAUAGCUUGCAGGCAAGAAGGCUUUCUUUCAAAAACUCUUAACCAUACUGAUGGAACAGAAACUAAGAAAAGACCACUAGUGGUUAUCGGUAUCAUGACAACUUUGGGUAACAAGAAGAAAAGAGACGCUGUCUGGCAAGCAUGGAUGGGGACAGGUGCAUCAUUAAAAAAGCUGGAAACUGAGAAGGGUGUGAUUGCACGGUUUGUUAUUGGAAGAAGUGCAAAUAAAGGGGACAGUAUGGAUAAGAGCAUUGACGCUGAAAACAGUCAAACCGAUGACUUCAUUAUUCUUGAUAAUGUAGUUGAGGCACCUGAGGAAGCUUCUAAGAAAGUAAAGCUGUUCUUUGUCUAUGCUGCAGAGAGGUGGGAUGCACAGUUUUAUGCAAAGGCCAUUGACAAUAUCUACGUUAAUCUCGAUGCUCUCGGAAGUACACUUGCAGCUCAUCUUGAGAACCCAAGAACUUAUAUUGGUUGCAUGAAAUCAGGCGAAGUUUUCUCAGAGCCGAACCACAAAUGGUAUGAACCAGAAUGGUGGAAAUUUGGUGACAAGAAAGCAUACUUCCAGCAUGCUUAUGGAGAGAUGUACGUUAUAACACAAGCACUGGCUAGUUUUGUAUCGAUCAAUAGGUAG